AUGACUACUACUGCCUCGUUCCGUCCGACAACACCCUCCCGAACCAUUUUAUAUCCUCCUCAACUGUCGCCCAGUCGAAUGCCACAUCCAGUUCUCCUGGAAAAUCCGUACACAUCUGGUCAUCGGAACUUGGACGUCUUUUCGCCAGUGGACCAGAAUGGAAGCUUUUGUUUUGAUCGCGAAAUCCGACGCGGCAAAGUAAACAGACGAGUCAAAAACAAAGGUGCUUGGAAACCUUCGUGGAAACCUGCCUAUCUUGUGCUCCGACCCAAUCUGCUAUCCAUAUAUCAGAAUGAAGAUGAGACGGACCUUAAGGCCUCCAUCACACUCUCCGAGGUCACCGCGGUCGCCCCAGUCCGAAAGGCGAACAUGGAGAAUGUGUUUGGUGUAUUCUCUCCCUCCAAGAACUACCAUUUUCAGGGUUUAUCUGCUCCUGACGCUGCAGAUUGGAUCUCACACAUCCGAGCUGAAACCCGUACCGAGGACGAAGAUGGCCUGGAUACAAUUCCUCCUCCCAAGGUGACCUCUGCGCACCAAGACCCAUCGAACUACGAGUCGACUGAUCUGUCCGCCGAUGAUCAACCAAACGCUCCGACCGCACCUGGGCCAGUCAGAAAUAGGGCUCGAACGGGCUCGACCUUGGCUUAUCCGCAGCGCCGUGCUUCAACCUUGCAGGAAUACUCGGGCAAUGAGCAGAUGACAACGUCCCAAUCAGACUUUUCCGAUGUCCUGGGCAGUUCGUUGCCAAAGAACUCGGCCAUGUCUCUUUCCAAACCUCCCGCUCUGACUCCUAUUGCAUCCUCUCAACAACUGGCACCCCAAUCUGAAGUGAAAACAUCACUCCCAAUUGCGGUCCCUCCGACCACUGACACAAGUCAUGAUCCGGAACGGGUGAUCCGCCAGGGUCAUUUGCAGCUUCUCAAAUCACACAAAACUGGCGUCAAAGGAUGGAAAUGGAUCUGGGUCGUGGUCCGCAACGGCGGUAUCUCGUUCUACAAGAAUGAACAAGAAUACGCGCCACUGAAGAUUUUCAACAUGGACAACGUUAUCACAGCAGCGGAGAUCGAUCCUAUCAGCAAGUCCAAGAGGUACUGCUUUCAGAUGAUAAUGGAGGAUAAGUCCUACCGAUUUUGCGCACCUGACGAAGAUGAGCUAGCAAAGUGGCUGGGCGCUCUCAAGAGCGUCCUCAGCAAACGCGAUGCAGCAGUCAAGGCUAAGGCCAAGGGCAAGGCGAAGGCAACACCUUCAACGUUGUCUGAAAUUGCAGCAUCAUUGUCCCUCAGAUGA